AUGAGCUCAGCCGAGGUCAGCAUAGACAAGCCAUUCGUCUGCAAAGGACUUGUCAAGGUCAACAAUAGCCGCACAAAGAUUCCCGACGCCAAGUUCGCAACUCGAGAAACGAAGGCCUACACUUUUGAUUUGACAAGGGCCGGAGCUAUCUUUGACCUACUGUUAACCGAGAAAAAGGUCAAAUUGUCCUUCGGCCAUAAAAUUUCGAAACCCGAAGAGCUCAAAGGAAAGACGUUCUGCAAAUACCACAGUUCUUGGUCUCACAACACCAACAACUGCGUCGUUCUGCGAGACAUCAUCCAGAAGUUGAUAGACGAAAAGAAGCUUCAAUUCCCGGAAAAGGCGGCCAUGCAAGUCGACUCUAAGCCAUUCCCUCCGCCUGUCAUCAACAUGGUCAACGCUCAGCUCCGGGCCGAAUAUAGGGAAGUUCGUCGGCCUGCAGAAGGAAAGGAGCCGUUGGCCGAACCAGAGCCGAUACCGUGUUGUCGGUGCAAGCAUGAGGUCCGUCAGCUCAGACCGCCCGAAAACGAAAGGAAGGCCAUCGAGCCAUCUCGACCAACUAUGAGGAAAUUCGACGGCCAAUACGAUCGGUGGCCAGCGAGAAGAGUUGUUUUCGACCGACUAGGGGCACAAGGCCCUAGUACCUCGGCAGGCCACAAAGACGGAGCCGCUUCUAGGCCGGUGAAGACUUUCAAACUACCGGUCGUACGGGAUGAACGUUGGUAUCAUGCUCGACCUGGGGGCAACACCGAACCGCUGACAAAGACCCAGCUAAGAAGGAUGCAAAGGCAAGUUCAGUAA